CUGGUUCACAGCUCCGUCCUCGGGCGCCGCCCCGGCUCAUAUCAUCAAGGCCGGCUCGGUAACGCCGCCCGAGCUGAGCUCCUGUAAACUGGCGGCACCGCCGCAGCGGGGACACCGGAGGAACGUCUCUGACACGAGCACCUUCAACAAGACUCUGAUGUCAGAGACGACUCAGUUCCUGGCCCCUAAUCAGGUGGACCGGCCGCGACCGGUGGCCAACAGAUCGUCUCAGGUCACCGACCCCGGCCAGAGGUCGCCGCUUGAAGUCAGCCAGAGGCCACACACACAUCUCUCCGGCAGCGCGUCGCAGACUCUGCCCCCGCCGCCGGCUCGCAGCGGUCUCUGGAACCCGUUCGAGUGGUCCACACCGGCCCCCGGGGUGACGCGCGACCCCGCGGCGCCACCGCCAGCGGCUGUGCCGCCGCCGGCCGCAACUAACCGUGCCGCUGCAGAACCGGAGGAUCCGUUCGGCGCCGCUCCUUUCGUACUGCCAGCAGCGCUGCGUGGAACGAGAGCCUCGGCUGCCGCUCUACAGAGAGGUAACUCCACCUAGUGGCCGGCAGAAAAGGCUAAGCUUCCCGUCGCGGCCGCCGCGUGGCGCUGUCGGCGCUCGGGAAAACGUUAGGCGGAUACUUCAAAUUUAGCUGGGCAAUGAUUGACUUAGGCUCAUCAGCGCGCUUGCUUUGUACAUUUCAUAAUCCAAGGGGCUUGACUGUUAAAACUUAUGUUGCUUUAUUGUUUAUCAGAUGUUGCAAGCACUUUCGUUUAUCAAGAACCGAAUGCUAGCGCGAUUGGCCGCUUAGUCAUUGUUUAUUAAUUGCCAUUCGAUGAUAAUUAUGGAUAGGCUGUUUCGUAUAUCUGCUACGCAAAUUCGAUAAUGGAUAUGAAUAGAUAUCAUCUGCGGUAGCGCUUAGGCUCAUUCAGGGGAAAAGUAUGGCUGAAGCGUGACAUAGUGAUCGAUAGGCGUACCACGUUACUUACAGACGUCAGAGGUUAACUGACAUGACUGGUCGUCUCGAGCUCGGCGAGAAGUGAUUUCGGUGAAUGGCCUGUCUUGCCAGGGAGUCAGUCGGGUGUUCAUCCUGUGUCAGCCCGGUGUCAUGACACAGGUGUCAGGGUGUCAGACAGAUACCGGGUGGUGUCAUUGUGUCGGACUUGCAUCAAGUCCAGGGCGGUGACUGGGGUAGGGGGAGUGAUGACUUUCGGCUUCGAGACUCGUAGAAUUUCGUCGAGCAUCGCCGAGUCUCGUCGAGUCUCGUCAAGACUCGCGUAGUCUCGCCCGAUAUCGUUAAGGCUUGUCGAGUUUCGCGGAGUCUCGCGUUGUCUCGCUGCUUCUCGUCGCCAAUUCUAAUUCCCGAUACCGAGCUGUGUGUAAGCUGAUGUCAGUCAGCUGAGCCUCUGACGCGCUCAGGAACUGCGCAUGCGCGUUACGGAUCGCGCAACAACCGAUAAUCACUAUGUACCCAUGUAGAGACUAUUCGACAAUCAUUUGUAAUCGCAAUACCAAACGCCGCGGGGUUUAGUUCGGCCGAUGUCCGCCUGGCGGCGCUAAUGUCGCAGUAGUUGGCUCGGCAGCCGCUGGGCGGCGCCGGUGUCGUGAUGGCCAUGAGCGCGCGCGCCAAUUUUGGGCGGGGGCGGGGCGGCGGCUGCCCGAACCCGCCCCCGCCCGGGUAUCUGGACAGUCCGCCCCCGCUCCGCCCCGCUCCCGCCAAAAAUGGCGGUUAUCCUAUGUUAAUCAAUAAAGAAAAAACUGUAAAA